AUGUUGCUCUUCAUUGACGACAUCAACAUGCCCAUGCUGGAGAAGUACGGGGCGCAGCCGCCAAUUGAACUCCUCCGGCAGGUCAUUGACUACAAAGGAUUCUACGAUCGCAAGAAGCUCUUCUGGAAGGGCGUCCAAGAAACUCAGCUCAUCGCCGCCUGUGGUCCUCCUGGGGGUGGCCGCAUGGAGGUGACGCCGCGGCUGCUGCGGCAUUUCAACAUGAUCUGGAUGACAGCACUGCCACAGGAAACCAUGCACCGCAUUCUGAGCUCCAUCCUUGGUGGUUGGCUUGGGGUGAAGAAGCCAGCCUUGCAGGAGCUCGCCAGUGAUAUUGUCGCUGCUAGCGUUGAGAUGUUCUUCAGAAUUAUUUCCGACCUGCUGCCAACUCCGCUAAAGUGCCACUACACCUUCAACCUGCGUGAUCCGGCCAAGAUGCUGCAGGGGAUGCUUAUGGUCAAUGUCAGAACAGAGCUCUCGGACGAUGACAGCUUGAUCAGGCUUUGGGUGCACGAGACUUGCCGCCAAUUCCGAGAUCGUCUCGUCAACAAGGAGGACCGGACGUGGUUUAACGACUGUCUUCAUGACAACCUGGAGAAGCACCUCCAGAGAACCUGGCCGAUCGAAAGGCACCAGAUCCAGGGCCGAAUUGUCGUCAUCGAUUUCAUAGGUGGUGCGCCUUCCGUUUUACUAAAGUUUCUGCGCUCCCAGUGCAAACUGUGGGCCCAUGAGCAAGGGAUUCUGAGCUUGUCGAAGCUGGAACGCCAUGGCGAAUGGCGACUCUCUCUGACGAAGAGGCCGUUCUGGAUGUCACGGCCUUUCGACGCGAAGUGCUCUCAGGCGAAGCUUGCGAACCACUUUGGAGGCAACCAUCUUGAGCAAGCGGUCCUCUUUCCCGGCGGCCUUCAGCGGCUUGGCCUGGAGUGCUCCCUGCCCUCCCGGUUGACAUCGGCUCUGGCAAGCAGCAAGGACGUGCUGAAUCUGCUAGCUCAUCUCGGAGAUGGGCUUGAUGAUUUUCAGGGCAAUCUGGAAGGUGUAGACUUGCAAACCCGUCUUCAACAAGAUGUCCUGCGGAUGGCGGAAGAUCAGCAACUUCUAGGGAUGACUGAGGCCCAAAGACUUGCCCGCGAAUGGUGGCAGGCUGAUGACCAGGCCUUUGAAAACAACACGACUUUGCCGAAGACAGAGCUGGAGACUGCAGUGGUUCACCGAGCAUCUUUGCGAAGGAAGGCGGUGGCUGCAGCUGCACUCGAGGCCGCCACGGGCUGCGCUGUGCAUUUGCCGUACAUCUGUGAACUUCGAGAGACGAGGCGGAGUUUUGAACGUGACGAAGCUCUUGCCGACAUCCUGAGGUGGACUGCCAUGUCUGGCCGAGAUGAUGGCAUCUUCGUGGGAGGGGAAUUCAGCGGCAAAGGCCUGCAUGUAGACCAGCGCCCGGAGAGCAACCUUGGCAAGCAGUGGCGAGGCUUGAUGCUUGGCAAGGAGGAAGCUCUUCGCCGCUUGGCCUCCGGGGUCCGCCGGCCAGGCGGUGCUCGAGAGCUGCUAUGGCGAGAUCUUCUGUCCGCCUUUGUUGGCCAAGCAUUGCGAGGCGUUGAAGAAGUGCACGCAGCUGUUCCUCCUUCGACCUGGAGAUAUCUUUCUGUUCAACGGCUCGAUGCCGCACACAGCGCUUUGCAUCGGCGAUUCUCUCAAUGUGACCAGCUACGAUGGCUUGCUAACGUGGCAUCCUGGGCACAUCGAGCAGUUCUUGAACACAGCCUCGAGCUUCAGAGGACCUUGGCGAGAUGUUGGCCUCAGCUGGAAGGUGGAGCUCCUGACUGCCUGGAAGGAGGCACGGAAGCACAGCCAGGAGGGCUCACCGCCUGCCGAGCUGUCUUCCUUGCUCCAGGAGGCUGCACGACUCUUGAGCAGCGAUGGCUUCUGUCAAGAGCUCACAGGUGCUGA